ACAACCGCCGCCCACCACUGCGCGGCGUCGACUCGGCCGCGACGGAGACCGCGCGUGAUAACAGAACUAUACUGUUCGAUGUCAACACGCACCUUCUUAUCAGUGGAUUUAGUUCGAAAACAUCGGUAACAGCGGGCCGCUAACCCGUUGACACGACGGGCCGAGACAUGCCGACCAAGUAUUACUCCGUGUACAGCCACCGGUACAUGAUCAGCAGGAAUUUUAGUAGAAAAUAUAAGAGAAAGGACACAUUGAGCCUGUUGCCGGUUGUACGUGACUUGAGAAACGGGGCCGGCGAUAGUCUAAGUGAUCAUGGUAACAACAGAACGAGAAAGGACGAUUCGCUCUGCGACAUCCUGUCGAGUCCGUCAUUCCGAUUCGUUAUCUGCUUGAUCAUCGUAAUGGUUGUCUUACUAUACAAGUCGGUUUACAUGGAUUAUUUCCACUUGAAGAAUGAAAAAUCUUCCAUAUCGAUCAUGAAGACUUCAUGGAACUCUACUAAAACGUUAUACGGAUAUGAUAACGGAAAACCAACAAUUGAAGUAAUCGAAAUUCUACCAAAUUGUGGAUUACAAACCAUUUGCUCAGACAAUGCUUUUCCAAUUCAUAUAUAUACAGGAAAAAAUAAAACCGACUUUCCGAGGUUGUGUAUUAUGGGCAAAUACGUUAUGUCAUUCAACCGAACUGCAGGUGGUCGUGGUAUCAACGUAGCUGUGAUAGAGUCAACUACAUAUACCAUCAUGGAUGUAAAAAACUUUGAUACGUAUGAGUAUAAUAGUUCUAAUUUAGACGAAUGGCUUGAUCACAUGGUUAACGUUGGGGAUGUAGUAAUAUUUUUUACAUUCGACGAGGCAUCUAAAAAGUUAACAAAAAACACAAGAAAUAUCUUAUACAAUAUGGGGAGUGGGAAAAUUCAAGACUUAUGGUACAGAUGCCAAUGGUACAUGGUGACACAAAAAGGAAUUCAAGGCAUCACGCCGUAUGAAAAAAUUACAUAUUCGCAUAAGAACAAUUGGGCAAAUGUAUUAGAUGAAAAAUUAUGUGUUCCAUUUCAAAUUACAGGAAAUCCAAUUGUAUCCGACGAUUUAUCUAAUCAACAAUUAUCGUUUUGUAAUAGCACAUUUGACGAGUACACAAUGUAUUGCAAUGAAAGUAGUGAACACACCGGAAGCGUUAGUUACGAAUACUCGAGGAGUGAGUCCCGAGAAAGUCAUCGAACAACAACAACAACAACAACUAGUCGAUUGCUCGAUCGAACGGAAUAAAUAGGGUAAUCGCCACCGCGUUGUUAUAACAUAUUAUAACCAAUAUUAUAAUAUGUUAUUUAUAUACCAGUAGCGAAUCUGUAGGUUGUUCAAGGGGGUAGCUAAUUUUACAAAAUUAUUUAUACGAUGUAUUUUUUUAGUAAUAUAUAUACAUAUAUAUAUAUUAUAUUUAUGAGGGAUUUUUAAUAUGUGAAAUUCUAUUGCUGGCAAAUACGUAUGUCGAUAUAAUUCGUUUUAUUUUAUUUCGUUUCGGUUUAUUCGUUAUUAUACCUAUACACGUGUCUCUUCUACGCGUAUUAUAAUGUGCCGCGUACAAACGAUAUAUAUAUACUACGCAGUGUAACGCGCCAAUUAGUUUAGGUUGCUAUAUACACGAGCGUAGUAGGCAUAUAUGUGUAUACAUUGAUAUAUUAUAUAUUAUUGUUAUAUGCAUGACAUGCAAUUCAAUAUUAUAUAGGUUAUUUUUGCUAUUGUGGAAUAAAAAUAUAGUAGCGAGUAUGAUGAUAAUUCCAUCACGGUGGUACGCGGAAUAUCGCCCACGCAUAUUAUAAUAUAUUAAACAUAUUGUGUCCAAUCCCUAUACACUGCUAACACUGCUGCGGUAUACAGGGCGUCGAUGACGGAGACCACUCGACGAUUAAUCAAACGAUCGCCCUUUCGACGACCCUUUAUCUCUUUCUUUUUUUCCCCGUUUUUUUUUUUUUUUUUGGUUCUGUGGGCGCGUUAAACGAUUUCACACGGGCUAAGUUUUCUGAAUAAGUCACCUAUAAAAGUAAAUUAUAAACAGGAUACACACCAAAUCCGAAGAUAAUCGAACAAAAAUGUGGGUAUAGACUGCCCGAAGUGACAUUGUAAUACAAUACACAUAUACCUAUUUAUGUUAUGUAAAAUGCGGUGUGCAAAACCUCCAAAAAUUAUAGUGCCUUUUAAACGCUUUAUUUGAUACCUGAUUUCAAUGCAUUUUUUUUUUUUUUUUUUAAUAUAAAAUGUCUAUAACCACAGUUUAUGUCAGGAUUAAUAUAUAUUAUUAUAUGUGCAUUGGCGUAUUGUAAAUGUAAAAUGUCAAGUAUGAUUUACUCAAGUUUCAUUCAUAACUAUUUCUUGGAAAAAUUACCCGUAAGUACAUGUAUAGUACAUGACAUAGGUACAUUGAAGUAAAUACUAAUUUUUCAGUUUAUGUAAACAUAUGCUAUUUAAUACAAUCAAUAACAAGCACAGUGCUAAGUAAUCAAAGAGUAUUUUAGUAAUUAUAGUAAUUAAAUGUAGGUAAUAUAAGCUAUAUUUUAUUGUUUUCAAUUACAAUAAUAUAUUAAUAUGUAUGUCAACUCAAAAAUUAAACUUUUUUGUUAUCUUCUUUAUCUUAAAACAAACUUAAGGAAUAAUAUGCAUUAUUAUUCUCAAUAGUGCAUCUACUUACAAGACUGCGAUUAAAAUUUAUGUUAUGCAUUUUUUAAAUGUUUAACAAUAAAAUAGCUGUAGGUAGAGGUAGCUAUAUGUAGCUACAAAAGUUACAAUGCUAUAAUAUUUAAUAUAUAUUUAUAUUUAUUUUAAAUAUUAAAAUAUUUUACCUACACGUUUUAUCAUGUAUUUACGGAUAAUGGUUUGGAAACAAGUAAUGUUAUACAAAUUUAAAUAUUUUGUUAAAAAUGUAAUAGUGAAUAAAAUUAUAGUAUCUAGCAUCAUUUGUUCAAAUGUUUAUAUUUAAAAUUAUUAAUUAUUAAUUAAUUGUUAAAAAUAGAUAUGAUUGACAAAUAUUGGAUUAAAAAUUAAAAUUUUACCUACUCUAAUUAAAUCAAGUGAUAAUAUUAAUAUAGGUAAUUAUCUAUUUGUUAUAUAAUUAUUGUAUUUAGCAAUUGUGUAUUUAGUAUUUACAGGGAGCGACGGUUUGAAAUUUGAAUCUCCAUGAAAUUCAUUACAUCACUUUUGCAUAUUUAUAUGAUAACUAGAAAAAAUAUUUUUUAUAUAUCAUAUAGGUAUCAUAUUUAUUUAAAAAUAAUUGUCUAUUAUGUGGAAUAGAAUAAUGGUAAUAUUAUGGAUAUAUUGGAGUAAACCAAUGACUUAUUAUCAUGAUUGAUGCUCACUUAAAUUUUUAUUUUAAUAAUAUCACAUUUUGAUUCUUUGAACUUUUUAUGAUGUCUAAACUGUUGAAAGAAAUUUUUUUUCAAAUAGAAUACUAAGUAAAUUAUUUUUUGAAAAGACAUAGUUAUCUGAACUAAAAUGUGAAAGAGUAAAUAUUGAGUUAUUUAACUUUUUGUUGUAGUGGUAUAUAUAUUUAUUUAUAAACAAUUUAACGGAAUUAGAUCCUUUAUAAUAUAAAAAUGAAAUGUGAACAUUUAAUUAAAGAAUUUAAAUAAUUAUAGAUAAUGUUUCAACAAUAGGAAAAAAAGUAAUAAAAUAGUUUAAUUUCCGUAUUCUCUAUGAAAUGUUAUUUUUGUAAGCUCUAGUGUACCCCAGAGCCUUUAUUGUUUUAUUAUUUGUACAUUAACGAUUUACCAUCUGUUUUUAAUUUUUUAGUCAAUGUAUAUGUUCGCCGAUAAUACAAAAUUAUUAUCAAUAAUUAAAAAUUAAGAUGAUGUCAUUAAUGCUCAAGCAAAUUUGAAUAAAUUUAGUUCAUGGUGUAACCACAAUUUUAUUACCAGUUAAUAUUGAAAAACAAUAUUUUAUAAUUUUAAAUUAUAAAAUUAAUAAUAUUAUUAUUAACAGAAUUGAAUCUAAUAGAGAUUUGGUGUUUUUUUUUGCUAAUAUAUAUAUAUAUAUAUAUAUAUUUUAAUAACACUGAUAUAGUUAUAAAUAAAGCAUUUAAAAUGCUAGGUUUUAUGUUAAGGAAUUCUAGUGAACUUAAAAACGCUCAUAAGCUAAAAAAUGCUAUACUUUUUUCUCGUUAGGUCUAGUAUAAAGUUUGGUUCGUUUAUCUGGGGAUAAAAUCCGACUGCCAAACGCGUUAAUAAUAUUCAGAAUAACUUCUUAAAAUCUAUUGCUUUUCGUUUAAACUUACCUAUCUCUAUUGACUCUUUUUAGUAGCAGAUACAAUUUUUAUUCAGUUAUGUGAAGUAAGACGUAAGUUAACCGACACCGUCAUAUUUAUUUAUCAUAUUCUUGAUACUAAUAUUGAAUGUUCAAAUGUAUUAAUUAAAACUGGUAAUUGUACUCACAAAUAUUCUAUUAGAAAUUAAAAUUUAUUUUUCGUACCUUUUUAUAAGUAAAACAUAUGUACCGAUUUGUUUUUGAAUGUCCCGCGAAAGUUUUAGGAUGAAAGCUCUACAUAAUAUUCUAUUUUCAAACUAAUAUCUUAUUAUGUAUUUAUAUAUUAUACGUUUUUAUUAUUA